AAUUCGCUGUUAUCGAAAUUGAAUUUCAAACCUCUAACGGCUUUUACAGACUCGAUUAACGUGGCGCCGGCAUUUCGGAAUAUAAUUUUCUAAUAAAACGUAAAAGUGAACUUUAUAUAUUUUCGGCAAACUUCCGAUGGAUAUUGAAAAAUCUUCGUGAAAGUUACGGAUAUGUUGUCUCUCAGGUUCCUUUACAACACUCCCGUAGGAACGUUGAUAACGAAUUUCUCGAAUAAGGGAGAAAACAAGGAUAAAGUCAUUCCUUAUUCCAACGUAACGACGUCGGGAGAUGCCGAUUUGGACGAAUAUUUAUCUAAUAUUCCUAAGGCACAAUUAUUCAAAGGAAUUUGGUUACAAGGAUAUUUAGUGCCGCCGAAUAUUUUAGAAAAUUUAGAAAAUUUCCAAGUAAGAUCCGACGACGUUUUUAUCGUCACUUAUCCCAAAUCAGGUACCACGUGGACCGAAGAGAUAUUGUCUCUGAUAUACAAUAACGGAGACGUCGAGAAGGCCGAGAAAACGCUACUCAAUUAUCGAGUGGAACACUUAGAAGUCGGACGAGUGUUUGGUCAUUUACGUCACCUGAAAAACAUGAAAUCGCCACGAUUAAUGGCCACUCACCUUCCCUUUCGUUUGCUUCCCAAACAGUUAAGAAGACCUAAAUGUAAAAUCAUAUACGUCGCUCGAAACCCGAAAGAUAACGCGGUAUCUUAUUAUCAUCACCACAAAAUGAGCACAUUUUUAGGAAACUUUCGAGGAUCUUGGGAAAAAUUUCUAUCGUAUUACGCCAAAGGACACGUUGUAUAUGGUUCCCCCUAA